CACACACACACACUCAUUCGCGGCUGCUUCCAUGUCUCCGCGCUCGCUCACUUCAUUGUACUGACCGUGUGCAUCAAUUAAGCAGGAAUUAAGCCGUUUCGGGCUCCGCGGGUCGCUCGCAGCACUUCCAGGGGCCACUGCUCGCCGCAGAGAAGUUUUGUGUGCGGGGGAAAGCGGAGGGAAGCGGAACGCAGAUAUGCCCUCAGUGAUGGAGCGCUCGGGGUCCGGGGUCCUGUCCAGGAGCAGAGCCAAGACUGUAACCAACGGCAACAGCCUACCACACUCUGAGGAGGAGAGCAGCGAUGAAGAGCAUGCUCAUGACAGUAUGAUCAGAGUGGGAGGAGACUACCAAGCUCACAUCCCAGAGUUCAAACCAGACAGUCCAACCCGCUACAAUGAGAAGGACCAGAGGAGCAUGUUGGUGUGGUGUCCCAACACUCUGCUCUCCGAUGCCAUGUUGGAUGAGUACAUCCUGAUGUCUAAAGAAAAACAUGGAUACAACAUGGAACAGGCCCUGGGCAUGUUGCUGUGGCACAAACACGACGUGGAGCGCUCACUGGCCGACCUCGCCAACUUCACCCCCUUCCCGGACGAGUGGACAUUGGAGGAUAAAGUGCUGUUCGAACAGGCCUUCAGCUUCCACGGCAAGAGCUUCCACCGCAUCCAGCAGAUGCUGCCAGACAAGCCGAUCUCCAGCUUGGUAAAGUACUACUACAGCUGGAAGAAGACCAGGACCAGGACGUCAGUGAUGGACCGACAGGCCAGGAGGCUGGUCAGCAAGAGAGAGAGAGAAGACAGUAAUGAUGAGGUGGAGGAAGGCGAUCCCGGAAGCGAUAGCGAUUUCGAUAUUAAUCACAAGAGAGAGGCGCUGAAACAGACCCCAAGUGCUAGCUCAGAGAAGCCCACCCCCAGUCGCUCUGGACCGAUAAAGAAGGAGAAUAUCGGGGCCCAGUAUCGCCACCACCCGCUCCGAGCCCGCCGCAGGCCACCGAAGGGCAUGUACCUGGAGCAGGCAGACAUCAUGUCCCUUUCAGCCUCUCAAGAUGCCGGGGUGCUGUCUGUACGACAGCUGGACACGACGCUGGUGUCACUGAAGAGACAAGUUCAGUCCAUUAAACAGAACAACAGUAGCGUGAAACAGAGUCUAAAUGCAGGUGUUGAUGUGUUCAGAGCAGCUGAGCCUACCCCGAAGAUGAACUCUCGUUGGACCACAGAGGAGCAGCUCCUGGCUGUGCAGGCCAUCCGUCGUUAUGGUAAAGACUUUGCAGCCAUUGCAGAGGUGAUAGGAACCAAGACGCCAGCUCAGGUGAGUUCGUUCUUCGUGAGCUACCGGCGCAGGUUCAACCUGGACGAGGUGCUUCGGGAGUGGGCAGCCGAGCAGGUGGCCACCAGCCGCGACCAGAAGGACCCGAGGAGGAGCGGCGAGGAGAUCACGGCAGCUACAGAUGGAGGUGCAGAGGAGGACGAGGUCAAAAUGGAGGACAUUCCCUCAGAUGCUGCCGACAGCUCCUCCCCCCCGUCUUCCACCCAGACGCCGUCAUCUUUCUCCCAGCCUCCACCGCUGCUGCGUCCCGCGCCUCCCUCGGCUCCCCCAAGCCUCCUCCGUCAGCCGCCUCCUCUUCAGACUCGCCCGCUGCAGAACCGAGCGCCCCACAACCACCCGCCACCUCCACUCAUCCGUCCCGCGGUGACCACCUCCUCCUCAGGGAGCUCCAGCCUCAGGGCUUCUCCACCCAGCUCCUCUUCCUCCAGCACUGCAGCGGGGCAGCUGCCUCCGUCACUGGUCGGGCUCAAGGUGGAGCAGUCCAACUCGCACUGAUGACACACACGCAGAGACACACACACACACAACAGUAGCAGUAGAAGCACACACACACACACACACACACACACACACACACACACUAGCAUGCAGACAAACCCAUUUGUCCCUCUUUUCUCAAAGAAAAUUCCUUCUACUUGUUACUGCAACGUUCCCAGCAGUUGUCUCUGGGAACACGACACGUCACAUGUUCAAACGUUCUCGGGUCCCUAAGGUGACGUCUCAGUUCUUAAAAACGUGACAGGAAGAGAGUGAGGGGCGCAGCAACAGAGUCCACUGCAUUGGUGAUCUGAGGCCCCUUCACUGUACUGACACACACCUACCUCCAGACCAAUGUUCUCUAGUGUAACACACACACCUACUCACACACAGACAAAAUCAAGACAAAGACACUGGAUCAUCAAGCUGUUGACCACAAAGAGCCAACCCAGCUGCCCAUCUCCAUGGUAACUGUUGAACAUCUGGAUUGUGGAGGAGUGUGGUUGAACACACACAUGUGUAUAUAUUAUAUAUACACUGCAGGUUCCACUAGGCAGGUAUCAAGUCAUCCAAACAGCCUUCAGGAAAAACAAAUGAUAAAAGAGGAAGAGUUUCUCUGACCUGAGCCAAACCUUCUCCCCCUGAGAGGUCGUGUAAAUUAGAAACUCAUUUUGAUGGUGUGGAUAGUUUUGCCUUUUUUUCCUUGCGUGCUUUAAAACUCGGACCCUCACAGGAGCGAGGAGGUACGUCUUCAAAGAACCCGAGGUCGUCCCGAAAAUCCUGAAUUGGGCAAAAAAGACAAACCGAGAUCUCUCCUCUCAUAGCCAUGUAUUACUAGUAUUAACUGGAGUGAUGUUUUCCUGUUCCUUUGACUAGACUUGAGCUCUAGAUAGGCAGUCAGUGACUGUAAGUAGUUUAGCUAGUGCAUACUUUAUUAUUAUGAUGAUAAUUAUUGACUGAGUACGAAGGAGAAGAAGAGUCUGGACUGUGUCGGUCCUUUCAACCAGACGUGUUGCAACAGAUCUUUUUCACCAGUCCAGUGUUGGAGUCACUGGUCACACUGGUCCCUGUGACGAGCAGCCGAAUAAAACACGAGUUGCUGUGUAACACG